AUGUCAUUACCUCCAUUACCAUUUAAAGUAAAAACCACUGUCUCAUGGGCAGGCGAAGAAGAUGGUGAUUUAGGUUUUAUUGAAAAUGAAAUAAUUGAAGUAUUUUCUAUUGUUGAUGAAAGUUGGUGGAGUGGAAGAUUGAGAAGAAAUAAUGCAGAAGGUAUAUUCCCAAAAGAUUAUGUUGAAAUAAUUGAAGAUUAUAGAAUUAGUCAUUCAACGUCAACUGUUAAUUUAAAAAGUACACCACAAAAUAAGCAAGAAUAUAGGAAAAGUACAACCAAUAUACCAGCUGCAUAUUAUUUAAAGAAUAAAAAAGUCAAUCCAUUGAAUAAUCCAAACUCUUCAUUUGAUUUAGAACAAGAUACAAGUUUUGAUUAUGAUGACCGUAUGAAUAAAUCUUUUCAAUAUCAACAACGUAAAACACAACCAACUAGAAUGAAAUUAACUUAUCAACAACAAGAAGGAUUAUUAAGAGAAAGAGAAAAAGAAAUUGAAUAUUUCAAAGCAAUGCAACAAAAGCAAAAUUAUCAUGUUAAACCAAUUGAUGAAAAGAAAUUGCAUCAAAUCAAUUCACAACAAAAUAUACCAAAAGCAUAUAAUAUUGAAAAUAAAACUCUUGAGAGCUUUCCAGUGAAAAAAACGAAGACAGAGCAAGAUAUACUAAGUGAAUAUGAAGAAAUUGCAAAGAAAAGAGCUCAAUUGGAAGAUGAAUUAAACAAAUUGAAGAAAUUGGAAAAUAGGAAAUCUAAAAGUAAAGAAAGUUUCUCAAUUGAUUCUUAUCAAAGUAAAUAUGAUUCAAGAGAUAAUUUGUCAAAGAAAAUUUCAAAAAGCUAUAUUACAGAUGAAGAUGAAUCACCAGAUUAUGAUGUAGAAUCAGAUGAUUCAAUUCCACCACCACCACCUCCAAAACAUUCAACACCAAGAAAACAAUGUGAAAAUGAUGAAGCCUAUCUUAGAAUCUAUCAACAACAAGAAGAGUUGAAAAAUUCAAUAAAAUCAUUACAAAGUGAUGUUUUAAAUUUAUCUGAAAUAAGUGCAACUAGUGCUGGUUCUUUUAUAAGGCAUAAAUAUGAUAAAGGUUUACAAGAAUCACAAUCAAGAGUACAAGAAUUAACACUUGAAGAAGAACCGAAAUUUGACAUAUUGAAUUCUGUAUUUGAAGAUAAAAAGAGUAAUCAAGGCUUUUUUAAAAAGUUGUUACGUAAAAAUCAAGAAGAGUUAAAUCCCAUCGAAAGACGUUUUCAAAAACAAGAUGAAAUUGAUUGGGCUACUUACAAACUGGAUAUAAAUAGAAUGAAUUCAUUAACUUCACAAGACAAACAUGGAAGAACAAAAAGAGUAGUUAGAGAAGAAGGGAAUCUUAUUGUCAAACCAUUAGAUUUUAUUUCAGAAAUCAAUACAAAUGAAACUUUCCAAAAUGAACAAGAAGAAUUGGAUUUGAAUGAAAUUGCUUAUUCAAAAUGUGAGGCAUUUGUUUCAAAUUACGAUGUAUCUCAUGAUUUAAAUGAUUUUAUUUCAGAUGUUUCAAUUAAAUUUUAUGAAUCACCAAUCAAUAAAAUUAGAUGUAUUAUAUUACAUUUGUCAAAGUUCAACAUAAUUGAAGAAAAUUCUAAAAUUUCACAAAUAAAACCUAAAUUAUUAGAUGUGCAACUAAAAGGAGAAGCAUCAAUAUUUCAAUUAAACUAUAUAUUCAAGAAAAUGUUGGAUGCUCUUCGAAUUUCAUCUGAAGUUGUUUUAGGAUUUUGGAAAAAACCAAAUGAAUUUUAUCAUAAUGAACAAUAUGUAAUUAACCAUUGUUGGUUAUCCAUUUUAAUUAAUAAUAAUUUUAGGCUAAUGGAUAUUUAUAAUUUCAAACAUGGUUCAGUUUGUAAUAUCAAGAAUCAAAAUGAAUUUUAUUUUUUAUCUGAACCAUUAUCAUUAGUUUCAACCCAUAUUCCAUCAAUAAUUGAUUUACAACAUGUAAUGCCACCGAUUGAUCCUAAUAUAGCAUUUUAUUUACCAAGAACAUAUUCAGGAUUUUAUCGUAGUAACUUAUCAUUUAAAAAUUUUAAUAAUGCAUUAACAAGACUCAAAGAUUUAGAAAUUUUUGAGAUUGAAUUAUCAAUUCCAAAUGAUGUAGAAUUAUUCACAUUAAUUAAAACAUCAAAAAUUACAACUAAUGAAUUAAGUCUUUGUCAAAUCAAAUGGGUAAAUCAUAAAAGAGUAGCAAAAAUUAAAGCUGUUUUACCUGAAAAUAUUCAAAUUGGAGUAUUACAAAUUUUUUCAGGUCAAAAAGGUUUACAAAAAGUAUUUGAUAAUAUUCAUGAAUUAUCAGUUGUUAUACCUUUAUAUCAUGAAGGUGUAUCGAAAAAGACAAAAUUUGUUCAAAGAUUUCCAACUGUUCAAGCUCAAAAUAAUGAUUUAUAUAUAUUGAAACCUCAAACUGAUAAACUUAUAAGUAAACAAAUGUAUACAUUUGAAGUAGAACAAUAUCCUUCAAAUGGAAUAAACUCAAGCUCUGGUUUUAUGUUGCAAGAUUUUAAAUUAGUCAUUGAAUCACCACUGGGUAAAUACUUUAAAUUACAAAAUAAUGAUCCAUCAAAACCUUUUGGUGUAUUUUCAGCUCAAAUAAAAUGUCAAGAACUAGGUUUAUAUAGAGGUUUAGUUAUUGGAGAUAGUGGUAAUAGUUGGUAUGUGUUUGCUCAAUGGACACUGGUAAAUCAAGUUGUAGAUGUUUAA